UGCUUCUUGCCAGCGACGAGUUUGAGCAAGAAAUCAGUCGUCAGCUAGUAGCCCAGGUGUGAGUUACACACAUCGUGAGUACAGAGCGCGUUGCGUGUAUCUUAAGCCGAAGCAAGCAAAACAGUUACAGUUCAGCUCAACGAGCAGCGAGCGUCAAACCAAUCAAACACAGAAACCACAAACAGACAGUGACUGAUCCACAAAGAUCAAACAGUGCUAAAAGAGAAAAAAGUGUUGUGAAUAGUUAAACUCAAACUUAAGAAACUGCCACGUGCAAUUAAAAAGUCAUCAGCUAUAAAAAAUACAAACACACACAAAGUUCUAUACGCAAAAACCCAACAGAACCCAAGAUGAAUCAGACGUGCAAAGUGUGCGGUGAGCCCGCGGCGGGCUUUCAUUUUGGCGCCUUUACCUGCGAGGGCUGCAAGUCAUUCUUCGGUCGCUCCUACAACAACAUAAGCACCAUCAGCGAGUGCAAGAACGAUGGCAAGUGCAUCAUUGACAAAAAGAAUCGCACCACAUGCAAGGCCUGCCGUUUGCGCAAGUGCUACAAUGUGGGCAUGUCCAAGGGCGGCUCGCGCUAUGGACGUCGCUCCAAUUGGUUCAAGAUCCAUUGCCUGCUGCAGGAGCACGAACAGGCAGCUGCAGCUGCCGCUGGCAAGGUGCCUGGCCAUGCCACUGGCUCGCCCAUGAGCUCACCCGGAUUUGGUGAUCUGGCAGCACACCUGCAGCAGCAGCAACAGCAGCACCAGCAGCAUCAACAGCAACAGCAGCAGCAACAGCAACAGCGUCAUCCACACUUGCCACCGCUGCUCGGCUAUCCCGGCUACCAUUUGCCGGAACACUUUGGAGCACGUCACCCAGCCGAUGCUGCCGCUGCCGCCGCUGCGCUGCCUUUCUUCAGCAUGAUGGCCACACCACAGUCAGCGUUCCAGCUGCAGCCGCACUUGCUCUUCCCGGGCUAUCAUGCCAGCGCUGCUGCGGCGGCCGCUGCAGAUGCUGCCUAUCGCCAGGAGAUGUACAAGCAUCGCCAGAGCGUCGACUCCGCUGGCUCGGCUGAGUCACAGAACCGUUAUACGCCGCCCACAGCUGUCCGGCAGCAGCAGCCGCCACAGCCAGCAGCAUCGCCCAUUGACGUCUGCCUGGGCGCGGAUGAUGAUGUGCACUCGCAGCACAGCCUCAAGUUCAGCCACAGUCUCAGCCACAGCCAGAGCCAGAGUCCACACACCAUACACACACCCGUUGCCAUACGUGCCACGCCGCCAGAGCAGCUGAUGCCAGCUGCUGCGUCCAUUUCCAUCUCCGCCUCCAAUUGCAACUCCCACUCCCACUCUCACUCGAACUCCGCCUCGCCCACACCGACCAGCAAAUCGCAGAGCAGCAGCCCGCUGAGCUUCACAGUAAAAAUGCAAUCACUUUCACCUGUCUCUGUGUGCUCGAUUGGCGGCGAGACAGUCGCAGCGAACGCAGCGGCCACAGCAGCCGCCGCUGCCGCCCAAGAUGGCCCCAUGGAUCUGAGCAUGAAAACGUCGCGCAGUUCGGUGCACAGCUUCAAUGACAGCGACGUGUGCAGCCUGCAGGAUGAGCACGAGACGGCGCCGCGUCGCAAGUUUUGCAAGCUGGAGCCCGAAUGCAGCACAGCCAACACCAGCAACAGUUGCAGCAGUCACAGCAGCAGCCACAGCAACAGCUCCAUAUCCCCAGCAGAGGCAGUGGUGGCCGUCAAGCGGCAGAAGCUCAACGCCAUUGGCGGCGAGUCGCCGCCGUUUGGUGGCUUCGCUGUGACCCACAAUGCGGCCAGCGCCAUGCGCGGCAUCUUUGUGUGUGUCUAGUGUGGUUGUGGGUGGAGCCAAAAAGGCAAUCAACUCAUUUGCCUCAUCGCCGCCUGUCGCUGUUGUUGUUGUUGUUAUUUUUUCAUCUAUUUGUUUUUUUUUGUAUUUUUUCGUGUGCGGUUUGAAUUCGAUUUGCGCUGUCGAAAUUGGACAGGUUUGAGAGCUGCGUGUUAGAAAGAGACAGCUAGCUGCAGUACACACACACACACACGAAGACACACAAAAUUGAGCUCAAAUCCAAAAAUUAUUUUUACAAAAUGAAAAUGAGAAAAGUUUUAAAGUUUUUGUUUAACAGUCGCUAAUUGUAAAUAUGUUUUUAAAAAAUUACACUUAACAUGCAAAUUGUAUUUUAUAGCAACAAAAUGUGCCCACCCCACCCACUCCCUAAACUAAAAGCAAAGAAACGAAAAUCAAAAAACAUAAGCGAACCCAACCCACCUUAAGAGAAGAGCCCUCAAUGUAUUGUACAUAAAUUUGUUUAG